AUGCUCCGCUGCGCUUGCCGGUGUUGUAUGCAGAAAGUGCCGGACAUAGUGUCGGACGGGCAUGUCGGUACCGACAUGCUUGCCGCGACGUCGUUCGGGUGGGUGGCCAAGCAGAUUGACAUGCUGACGGGCAAGAAGGGCCGUAGUGGGGUGAGCAUCGAGAACAUCAAGACAAAGGGGCUGAGGGCUUUGCGAGACAACAUGGUGGAGUACAUCUGCAAGCGCAUCGCCAAAAAACACUCUGCGGCGCCGACUUCACAAGCCGUCGGCCCCGCCGACAGUGCGAUAGAUGACGACGACGCGGAAAGACAGACGGCGCCCCAAGCAGCAGUUGCCGCCCAACAUCAGGGGACCGCGAGGGUGUCCGCGGAAGGAGGAAACGGUGGAGGAGGAGGCGACGCUGCGGCAGGUGCAGAAUGGAAGGAAGAGGAGUCGGGGUCGUCGGAGUCGGGGUCGGGGUCCGAGUCGGAGUCGGAGGAGGAGGACGAGGCGGUGAAGCAGGACGAGGAGGACGAGGAGGACGAGGAGGAGGAGAAGGACGAGAAGGAUGAGGAGGAGGAGGAAGGGAAGGGUGAGGAGGAGGAGGACGGGAAGGAUGAGGAGGGGUGGAAGAAGAGGUGGAAUGGGGGGAAGGAGAAGGAUGAGGUCGGCGUGGAGGCAACGACGGAAACGGGCCAGGAGGAGGCGGCAUGUGAGGGAAGUGGAAAGGUGCCGGUCGACGCCGGCGAAGGGGCGAACAUCACGGGCGUGCAGGAGACGGGGGAAGCAUCUGGUCGGCAGGGUCCUGAGCUGGACGACGUCGAGGAGCUGCGACGGGAGAACUGGUUGUUGAGGGCGGAGAACGCUCGGCUGGCGACGUUGCUCGAUGAGGAGAAGGCUCGGCUCGACAGGUUUUUUGUUGGGGGCCAGCAGAGGACGGGCGGCGGAGACGGUUCGGUGAGCGUGAAGCGGAGCAAGGGAGCGGACGGGAGCCGCGGUCCAGGCGGCUCGAAGCCUGCUGCACAGAGCGUGGUCGACCAGCUGAAGACAAAGGCGGGGUGGAAGGUGAUGAGGUCGUCGCACAGCAACGGAGAUGGGAGCGGGGGGGCAGAGGGUGGCACUGCCGACGAGGUUGCCGCUAAAGUCGCAGCACCGGAAGGCCCGCCUUUGGUCGCCGUGCAAACCCAUCCUCAGGCGAGCGGUGGGAAAGGCGUGCGCGACAAGGAGAUACCAACCACUGAGACGGCGAAAGAUGGCGGCGCCAGAACCGCCAAGGGACCGUCCGUCGCGGUGGCGGGGUCCACGUCGAUUCCCCGUAACCCCCUUGCGGCUACCACCGCGCCGGCCGGCCAGUCAGGCGCCAACAACGAAGGGCCAACCAUUGCGGCCCCUCUAGCUCCAGCAGCCCCAUCUGCCGCCAAGGGCGACGCGAAGGCUCCUGCGGCUAAGCGCGAUGGUCCGUCAGCUGCUAAGGUGCCCGCCGGUGGUAACGCGCUCAGGGAGUUGCUCCACCGCAUGGAGACACAUUGCAGGGACAUGCAGCAGCCUCCCGUGGUCGACGCCGCCCUUGCCGAAACAGCACGUCGCUCCGUCACCCCGCAGGUUGCCGGCACAUCGUCUGGUGCCCCACCUGCCGCAUCUCAGGCCCAUUUCGAGGCUGCAAAACGCCCCGAGCACGCCCCUGCUCUGGCCAUCAUGGACACGGCGCAUGUGGAGCCGUCGGCGACUCACGGAGGGGGUUCGGCGGAGCCGACGGCCGCAACGGAGGCUGUCGCCGAGAAAAAUGCGGGACGGAAGGGGAAGGACGACGCUGGAAAGGGGAAGGCGGUCUCUCAGAGGAGCACGCGGGCGAUGUCGGCGGGGAAGGAGAUGUCGGACGAGAAAGGGACGAAGGCGGGAGGGAACCAAGAUACGAAGGGCGGCAAGUGUAAGUCGGCAAAGACGAAGGAGGAGGAGGACGAGGCUGUCGGCGAGGGAAAGAAGGAGCAUGGACGCAGGGGUCAUGGCAUCCGCCACGACAAGUCGGGCGACGGGCUAGGUUGGGUGGGCGAGAUUAAGGUAAACGGCGAGAAUCGAUACAUCGGCAAGUCGAGAGACAAGAGGGAGCUGGCCUACGAGCACUCGAUUGCGUACGUCGUCUAUGACGGCUACGUGGGCAAGGUGCUCAUGGACGAGCUCACAGUCUUGAAGCCGGGGGAGUUGGAGGAAUGGAAGGGGGUGUGGGAGGAGGUCAAGUUCUUGCCGACUGGGAUGUGGACGGUGAUGUGGGCCAGAGGCUUGUGCCAUCCGAGAGCAAGGUUCGAUGAUAUCCUCGGCAGGAACCGUGGGUACACGGGUUCGGGUGAUGCGCUUCACGACGUGCUCUUGCCGGCGAUCUGGUUCCCCGUCGUCGAGAACACGAAGGCAGGCAAGGAGGAGAUAGAAGCUUUCAUGUCGGCGGUGGUAAAUCGCGUGUCGAUGUGCGCGGCGUAUGGGAAGGUCGCGGCGAGCACGGCGUUUGGAAAGCGGCAUCCGCAUGCGCCCUAUGGUGCUUCGUGGAGACGGGGUCGUUGGUGCUUCGUGGAGACGGGGGCGUCGGUGCUCGGUGCUGUGGGCGAAGGGAAGGCGGCCGCGAUGGUGGCAGGUGCGGGGGAGAAGAGGGCCGAGGACUUCAAGAAGGUGAUGCACGCGGUGAUCGACCUAGCACGCAAUAGGGAGGCACCCGCAGGGGAGGUUGCACACAACGUCGCACCGGCGCUGCAGCGUCAGGCUGUGGACAGUGCCUUCAAGGAAGGGGUUGUGGGAGUCGAGGCCGACAUAAUCGCUAGAGCGACGGUCGAGACCUUGGCGUUCUGGGGAAUGUGCCCCGUCGCCGGGCCCAAAAUUAAAGAGCACGGCAUCGAUGUGCCGUGUGAUGCGCAGAUGGAGUACGAUAUGGAGCACAGGGGGAGAAAGGGUGAGAAGGUCAAGCAGGGCAAGGGCAGCAAGAGGAAGAAGAGGCAGACGGGCAAGCAGGGCAAGGACAGUACGGAUGCGUAG